UCAGAUACGUUGAAUGCACUCGAAGAAACUUGUGGAAAAAAAUUAUUUCACAGCGAGGUACCAACGGUCCUUUACGAAAUAUUUACCAAUUUUUCUUUCUCGAUCGUUGUAUGAAAUAUAGGAAUGCAAAAAUGAAGGGGAAGUUUUUCCUUUUCCGAUGAGAUAUGAACAACUAUUCCCCAAUUUCACCAAGAAAUAGACAAUAAUGAAAACAAACACGAGGACUGUUGUCUAUCUCUCACUGUACACAACUCGGAGGAAAAUCUAUGACCAACCCGUCAUAUAUCAGUCGAAACUGUCUCUCUAUUAAAAGAGAAUGGUGUGUUUUGAAGUGAAUUUGACUGUUAUUUCUAACAAGUUGUGCUGUCAGAAGAUCCCUCUAUGAGUAAUGAAACCGAGUGGCAGAAGCAUGGUAGCUGCAACUCUAAGAGUUUCUCUUUCUCAUAUCGUCCAUUCUUUACACAAGGUCGACAGACUAUUUCAAUGACAUAGCUGAAGAAUCGACUGUAUUGACAAAUAUUUAAUGUUAUCAACCAUCAAUAUUGAAAAAAAAAAAGAUCGGAAUCUAUUAAUAUUUGCAGAACAUGUUUAUUCCGACUUGGAUUUAAAACUUUUGUGAGAUAACCGGAAAACGGUAAAGAAAGUCGCAUGAAAUAACCCAUGAAAGGAUCUUAUAAACAAUCCAUCAGCCGAAGCACUUAGCACCCUCUUUUGUCAGCUAAUCUAUUUCCAAAUUAACUAUACACAUAUCUAACAUAAAAUGUUAAUGCGAAAUCACCAACGGAAUUAAUAAUGCAACUUUGUAAUGUCAUUAAACAGUUGUUAUAAAUCUAUUAUAACCGAUUAAAUCAUUAUUUCGUCUUAUUCGUCCCUAUAUUGAUAAGCACAAGAAACACCUGAUAAUAUGUAAAACCAAGCUGCUUCUGAAAUUUAGGGCGGUUUUCCAAAGUUAUGGAAGCUCUGAGUAACAUGGCUGUCUUCUAUACUGUGGAAGUUGACAGUGUUCCAAUAUAUGUUCAUUACUUUGACAUUACGUUGAUACCGUCAACUAUUUUCUUCUUUAAUGCUCAACAUAUCAAAGUUGAUUGGGAAACACCAGAUCACACCAAAUUUGUUGGCAGUUUCAAGACAAAACAGGACGUGAUUGAUGUGGUAGAAGUUAUUUUUCGAGGAGCAAUGAAAGGAAAACUAAUUGUGAAAAGCCCCCUGGAUCCUCGCAAUGUACCUCGAUAUGAGCUAAUUUACAAAGACAUAUAAUGUCAUCCAGGUGAACCAACAUCUGUUUCCAUCUGUCCUUGGUCAUCUUCAACACCAGUUCCUGGCAACCACUUUCAUAUCUCAUGGCUCUGACAUGAUUAAGUUUGAAGAUCAACAUAUAUACAAGCAUGGCUGUGUGGCUAGAAGCAUGCUUCUCAAUUAUAAGAUUCCAGGUUCAAUCCCUCUGUGUGGCGCCUUGGGCAAAUAUCUUCAACUAUAGUUCUGGGCCGACCAAAGCAUUGUAAGUGGAUCUGGUAAACAGAAUCUGAAAUAAGCCUGUCAUAUAUUAAGUGAUUUAAGUUAUAGAACAAAGUUCGACAAGUUCAAUCAUAUUUUUAAUCUAUUUCACUAUACAAUUGUUUUGUACAGAAAAACAAAUUCAUUUUAAGAAUCUGAGUUGUUAAAGAGUAUUCAUCAGUAGCACAAUAAGAAAAUAAUAAUAAUAAUAAAGAAAAAAGGACUUUAGAAUUACAUGGGUAUGGUGUUCUAACUAAUUUUUGUAAUGUGUAAUUGUUCUUGGAGUCAUGUCUAAAAUAGACGUAACUCUAAGAGCAAUUACACAUUGUUCAAAUUCUUAGAAUGAAUUUAUCUUUCUGUACGAAACGAUUGUAUAGCGAAAUAAAAAAAAUUUUUUUUAUUCCAUAUUAACAUCUAAUCUCCUCCAUUUACGAAAAAUAUGACUGAAUUUGUCGAACGUCAUUCUAUAACUUGAAUCAUAUACUUAAUAUACUUACAUAACCUUUCAUAUCUAUGCCGAUUUACAUCAGUAAAUUCAAAGUAAAGUAUGAAGAAUCAUCUUAGAAAUCUUAUGGAAACUGCUCCAAUUAAAGAAUGAAUCCACAUUCAACCUUUUUUUAAAAAAAGAAUGACUGUGUGGUAAGUAGCUUGCUUACCAACUACAUGAUUCUGGGCUCAAUCCCAUUGUGUGGCAACUUUGGGAAGUGUCUUCUGCUAUAGUCUCAGGCUAGCCAAAGCCUUGUGAGUGGAUUUGGUAGGCAGAAACUGAAAGAAGUCCAUCGUGUGUAUAUAUAUAUAUAUAUAUAUAUAUAUGUGUGUGUGUGUGUAUCUGUUUGUGUGUCUGUGUUUGUCACCCCAACAUCACUUGACAACCGAUGUUGGUGUGCCUGUCCCUGUAACUUAGCAGUUCGGCAAAAUAGACCGAUAGUCUUUGUAAGCUUAGUACUUAUUCUAAGUCCUGGGAUCAAUUUGUCCAACUAAAGGCAGUGCUCCAGCAUGACCACAAACAAACGACCAAAACAAGUAAAACAAUACAAGAAUAUCUAUGUAUAUAUAUGCUAACACACACAUAUAUAUAUAUAUAUAUGUAUGUGGAGGGAGCUGACUCUUUGGCUUGACAUUGCAUGGUAGUUGUAAAUGAAGGUUUCUGUCAUGCAAGUAGUGAACUCUGAAAAACAUGUCUGGCCAUAGGGAAAUAUUACCUUACUUGGAAACAGGUGAGGGUUGGCAAGAGGAAGAGCAUGUAGCCUUAGAAAAUGGCAACAAGUGCCAGGAGCCCAGUAGCAUUUAUAUGAAGAUACCUUUCCUUAGACGAGCAGCUACUAAAGGGCUGAAGGGCCACAUCUGUCCUGCAUUUGUUGAGGUGUCUUUGAGCGACUGUUUUCCAGAGGCAUUUCUGUGACAUGCUAAUUAAACCCAUGACCCUGACAGGUGCUAUUACUCUAAGUCAGGGUAGACCUAGUGGCUACGGAGUGGUUCCAUGCUCAUCAAAACAAUGGAACCCCUGAAACAGGGCCCCACUACCAGAUAUCACUUGAAGUCAUACCCUGGUUAUUCUGUGGUUAAAUAAAUGAUGACAACAACAACAACAUUAAUUUAAAAAUAUAUCAUUUAAAUUGAAUGUUUUUAUUAAUUUUUAUAAUUUUUGGUGUAAGAUGAAUGUUUUAAACUUAAACAAAAAAACUAUGCUGAUUUUUUUUUUAAGUAAAAUAAAAAAUAUAUAAAAAAUAAAAUCAAUAAAAAGGUAAAUAAAUAACA